UCGCUGGGUGAUGACGGAAGCAUGGUGCGGCGCAUGCGCAGUCUGCAGUUGUGCACGGAAGCAGCUGUGCACUGUGACAAUGUCAAAUAAAGAAGUAAAAUCGGCUCUAAAAAGUGCCAGAGAUGCUAUCAAAAACAAGGAGUUUAAAGAAGCCCUGAAACACUGCAAGGCUGUUCUGAAGCUUGAGAAGAAUAACUACAAUGCCUGGGUGUUUAUUGGAGUUGCAGCGAGUGAGCUGGAGCAGCCUGAGCAGGCGCAAACAGCCUACAGGAAAGCUGCAGAGCUCGAACCUGAGCAGCUGCUUGCGUGGCAGGGCCUAGCAAAUCUGUAUGAAAAAAGUGAUCAAGCAGACUUCAAGGCUGAGCUGCCUAAAAUCUAUCAAAAACUCAUAACGUUGUAUGAAACUUCAGAUAAAGUCAAAUGCUUUGAAGUAAGCAAGAAGUUGGUGGACAUCUAUCAGACAGAAAAGAACUACUUACAGGUGGCGAGGGUGUGGCGGCGCCUCAUUCAGGUGAGAGAGGCAGAGGAUGGGAUUGAGAACUUCGAGCUGGUUGAGCUAUGGAGAGAAAUGAUCAGGCUGCUCCUGGGCUCAGUGGAACAGCAGGACAACGAGACACAGCAACAUCUCCUGUCUGCUUUUGAAAAAGCUCUUCAGCUAACAGAAAAUGUGCCUAGUGAGGACCAUAAACAACUCACCCAAGAUUACAUUAAAUGCCUGUCAAAACUGUCUCAUGAAGUGGUGAAGAUGAAGGAGAUGUGUGAUAUCAUGCUGUCCCUCUACCCAAAAGACUCUUAUCCUCUGGAAGUUCUAGGGGAGCAUUAUUUAUUUCUAGAUCACUGCAGUGAAGAAGCCAUCAGCUGUUACACUCGUCUCUUGGAACUGGACCCAGUCAGUUCACUGGCCCACUUUGGUCUGGGUAAAAAAGCUCUUCAGGACAAGAAAUAUGAGGAUGCUGUCAAGAGCUUUGGUCUUGGACUGAAACGGAUGCGCUCCAGUGUCAUUGGCUGGUACAAUCUCGCUCAGGCUGAGCUGAAAAUGCACAAAUACUCUGAUAGUGCUGUGUCCUCCAGCCAAGGGCUGAUGGUGUGUGCAGGGUUUAGUGAAGACUGGACCCAGAAGCUGAUGAGAGUAAAGCUGGAGGCGCUGGUGAGAGCUGGAACAGAGCAGAGUGUAGAUGAAGCUCUGGGAAUGCUUUCUCAGAUGCCAGAUGCUAGCAACGAUCCUGCUCUGUUAGUGUUAAAAGGUAGAGCCUAUUUACAAAAGGGGAAGCUUGAAGAAGCCUUUCAGGUGUCUUCUGAGUUGCUGAGCUCGCAUCCUGGCUCUGUGGAAGGUUUAACCAUAAAGGGACUGACACAUAGAGCUAAAAAUGAGUACCAGCAGGCAGAGCAAUGUUUUACUGAAGCUGUGUCUCAGAGGCCAGAGAGUGGGGAGCUGUACUUCUUGCUGGGGCAGCUUUAUUGGAACAUGGGGGAAGAUACACGGAGGGACAGGAGCAAAGUUCACACUCAACUGCUGAAGGCUGCGAAGCUGGACCCCCAUCUUGGCUCUGUGUUCCGCUACCUGGGUCACUACUACAGGGAAGUGGCCAAAGACCAGGGCCGAGCUAGAGGCUGCUACAAGAAAGCGUUUGAGCUGGACUCCACUGAUGCAGAGGCUGGAGCUGCCACUGUGGACCUCAGCAUGGAGCAGGGAGACAUGGACUCUGCAUUAGCAGUUCUUCAGGCAGUGACAGAGAGAGCAACUCCUGGUUCAGCUAAAUGGGCCUGGAUGAGAAGAGGCCUGUAUCAUCUUAAAGUGGGCCAGCAUGCGCAGGCUAUUGCAGACCUGCAGGCAGCAUUGCGGGCUGAUCCUCAGGACUGGGUGUGUUGGGAGUGUUUAGGCGAGGCCUACCUGAACCGCCACAGCUUUACAGCUGCGCUUAAAGCUUUUGCUAAGGCCCACAUGCUGCAGCCCAGCUCCAUCUACAGCCUCUACCAGAUGGCCUCCAUCAAACAGAUUCUGGGCAGGAACAAAGAGGCGGCAGCGGAGUACCAGCAGAUAAUAGAAACUGAAGAGUAUGUGCCAGCUCUGAAGGGGCUUGGAGAAUGUCUUUUGGCCAUGGCUAAAACAGCAAUGGAGGACUACCUUGAUGGGAGAGCAGUAGACCUUAUACAAGAAGCCAUUAAGUAUUUGUUCAGGGCAGUGCAGAAGCGUGCAGAUCUCUCAUGUCUGUGGAAGUUGCUGGGAGAUGCUUGUACCAAAUGCAGUUCUGUUUCUCCUAACCGGAUCUGUGUGCUGGUGCCUGGUGCGCUGUGUGGAGCAGAGCCUUCAGAUAAGAAUCAUACACUGGACCAGAAACAGCUGCUCAGUCUUGGGGAGAGAUGCUAUGGCCGUGCUCUUAAACUGAUGGCAGAAGCCCCAAGCCUGUGGUGUGACCUGGGCCUCAACUAUUACCACCAGUCUAGGCUGUUUCUUUCCACAUCUACAGAGCAGGAUGUCCAGCCACUGCUGGAGAAAGCCUUGCAGUGUGUUAAAAAGGCAGUCAUGCUGGACAGUGGGAAUCAUACAUACUGGAGUGCACUGGGGGUGGUGGCUAUGACUAAAGGAAUUGAAAACUUUGCCCUUGCACAGCACAGUUUCAUUAAAUCAAUCAGAGCAGAACCAAAUAAUGUUGUAGCAUGGACAAACCUUGGAACUUUGUAUUUAAAGAAGGGCAACAUUGAGCUUGCACAUGAGGCCUUCAAGAUUGCUCAAUCUCUGGAGCCGUUGUAUGUGAACUGUUGGAUUGGACAGGCAUUCAUUGCUGAGACAGUAGGAAGCUAUGACACCAUGGAUCUCUUCAGACACACCACUGAGCUCAGCACUCAUACUGAAGGAGUGAAGGGUUAUGCAUACUGGGUCUGUUCCACUCUACUGGACAAGAGUAACCGAGACUCAGAGCUGUACCGCUACAACAUAGUCCAGAUGAACGCUGUCUCGGCUGCCCAGGUGGCCUUAACCAAAUAUACAGAGAGGAUUCAGACAGAUGCUGAAGCUUUUGUGAUGUUGGGCUUCCUGAAUGAACAGAUGCAGCUGAAAAAGCAGGCAACUGGAGCCUAUAAGAGAGCUGUGGAGUUGCUCCAGAACAGCCCACAAACAGAAGAACUCAGCUUUGCUCUCAGAGGCUAUGCUCGGGCUCUCAGUGACACAGAUCAGUGGGAGGAGGCUGUCCGUUGUUAUUUUUCCACAUCACUAGAGGAGCUGCAUGAUCUCACAGGCCUGGCUCUAGCUUGCUUGAGAGCAGGACGCCUGCAGGAGAGCUUUAAUUCCUAUGAGAAAGCUCUUGCAGUGGCCUCCACUGAGAAGGAAAAAGCCUAUAUACUAACAGCUCUGGCUUUACUACAGCACAGACUGGGGAACAUGGACACUGCCAAAACUUUGCUCUUUAAAUGCUCGUUGCUGAAGGAGCCAAUUCCAGAGAGUUUGCUGUGUCUGUGUGCUUUGGGCCUGGUCCAUGGAGAUGCCACCCUGGCCAGCGCUGCCCUCUCGGAGCUGUUGAAGCUGGAUGGAGCAUUGAGGGGCGCUGUGGAGGAACACUGCCUGCUCACUUGCACCCUGCUGGCCCUACAGGGCAACUACAGUGCUGUACAGAGAGAGGCUUCCCGGGCAGUGUUCAGAAACCCAGGAAAUCCGUCCCUCUGGGCGCUGCUGUCCAGACUGGUGCCGCAGUACUGUCCCACCAAAGCUGAUGGUGGAGCUGUGGCAGGUAGUGUGGCAUGUCAUGCUAGCAUGACUCUAGGAAAGAGGGCACUGCUGUACAGUGGAGUAAAUCAGUUGGCCUCAGGCAGACACUCUGGGGAAGACAGAAGGAAAAAUGCUCUAAAGACCAUCCAGAGAGCUGUGCUGCUCUGUCCAGAUGAUCCUGCGGGGUGGGCGGGGCUUAUGGCUGCAUGUCACACAGAGAAUGUAGCAUGUGCCCUGUCAGGCUCCUCCCCAUGCAGAGAGGGUCUAGAGAGAGUGCUUAUGACACUGGUGUCAGAGAAAGUGAAAAGCCUGCAGAGAGAGGAUGGGCUUUUGGCUCAGGCUUUGGAAGGCUGGGUAAUGCAGCAGACUGUGACAGGACUCAAACAGAGCGGCCAGUAUGCUGAAGCUGAAGCCCUGUGUUCACAGGUGUUGAGUGUGUCUCCUGAGCAUCCUGCAGUGUUCCUGUUGCUCAGGCAGGUUCAGUGUGAGCGCCUCCUGUUGUCUGAUGCCAGAGACUGCAUCCCCUCCACAGUGCUGGACCAGCUGAGUGCUGCUGUCAUGGCCAACCCAAACUCAGUGUCUGCUUGGCAUUGGCUGGCGGACGUGUACCGCUCUCAGGGUUUGCUGGCACAGGCCUCGGUGGCUCUGAGACAGAGUCUGCAGCUUGCCUCUCAGCUCGGUCACUACAGCGGGAAGCUCAGCAGCCUGCUGCGACUUGCCCUGCUCUCUCUCACCCCUUGCAUGGCUGGAGUUGGAGGAGUGGAAUGGAGCAGUCUUGUUCGUGAAGCCUGUACUGAGGUGCUGAAGCUGGGUCCGUGUCCUGUGGCUUCACUUUUCCAGGCUCUGCUCCAGUUCUCCAUCAAGAUGGGAGCCAGGGAGACACGGCGUCUGCUGGAGAAGAUUGUGUACGGAUCGAGUUCAAAAGACGUGAAAACCGUAGCAGGAGUGGCUCGCUGGUACCUCCUACGCCACCUUCAUGCCAAAGACGACCUGCAGCUGAUAGAUACCCUGAUGAUGGAAGCUGAAGCAGCAGGAGACUUCAGGCUGCUAGAGUUCCAUAAACAGCUGUACCCCUGAGCCUCACUGCCUCCCAAUCUCAUCUACUCAGGACCAUCAGCACCCUGCCAUGCAAGAGCCAAUACAUCAGCUACAUUCUCAAUCCUGCCUCCUUCUCUUUAAAAUGUCUUACCUUUUUAACAAGCAUGCCUAUGAAUGCAGCUAUUAGCUACACUAAAACCUUUCUAGGCCUAAUAAAGCACUAUUAAUGAGCUGAUCCCUUUUAAUUCACAAUUAUGAGAGUCCUUGGGUUUGACUUGUUUUGUGCCUAAAAUUGAGAAAUAAAAACUAAGAUGAUCAGAGCUGCCAUCAACUGGUAAUGGCUAGUAGUCCUAAAGCACUUCUAAAUACUAACACAGCACAGUAAAGGAGGCAAAAUGCUGCUUGUGAUAUUGCAUAUAAAAUCAGUACAAUAAGAGUUUUUGCUUUAAUUAAAGCAGACUCUGCCAAAGCAUAAGGCUUGUGUUUUUUUCCCCUGUAAGCUUUAUGCUGCCAAUGAAAUAAGAGUACAAGAGCACAAUGGCCAAUAGCUGUAUGAAAUAUGAGUGCACUUUCUCCUUCACAGCACCAGAUUCAUAUCAUCGAUCCAGAGAACCGCAGCCAAGAACUAUUCAACCCACAAUGCCAACCCCUUUCUCAUUUCUCCUUUUACAAAUGCUUCAUGGAUGUUCCACAGAGAUGAAAAUGGAUCUAAUACCAAACUUCUGAGAACAUCUCAAGCACUUUGAUCAUAUACCAAAAGAGACACAAAGUAGUUCAUUAUGAUGAAUUUUGUUUCUUUCAAAUUACAGUGGGCUGUAUGCUUUUUUUUUUUGUCCAGUAAAGCAAUUAAACAAAAGAGGAAAAACUGAGA